AAGACGUCAAAGAAUAUGUCAAAACAAAAUUUGCCAUCAAAACAUACGUGGCCAAGUAGCUAAAGUAAAAAACAAUAAUGAAGUAUUUUUUCCUUAUUUUGUACAUUUUUGUGACUGUAUUCCAUCUAACAAAAGCUUAUUUUGUUACCGUAGAUGCUCAUUCAGAAGAAUGUUUUUAUGAUAAAGCAGAAGCUGGCACAAAACUAGGUCUCAUUUUUGAAAUUGUGGAGGGUGGAUGGAUGGAUAUAGACAUUAAAAUUACGGGUCCAGAUGGAAAGGUUAUUUAUCAUGGCGAAGGUGAAUCAACUGGAAAAUAUACUUUUGCCGCAUACGAAAGUGGAAUAUAUCACUACUGUUUCAGUAAUAAAAUGUCUUCAAUGACACCAAAAGUUGUGAUGUUUUCCAUGGAGAUUGGGGAAGCUCCAAAAGGUACACAAGGUGCCCCUGGUGAGUCUGAUGCAGGACAUACAAAAUUGGAGGAUAUGAUAAGAGAGUUAUCUGGAACGCUCACUGGAAUCAAACACGAACAAGAGUACAUGCAUGUUCGCAAUCGAAUUCACCGCGGAAUCAAUGAAAGCACAAACUCUCGCGUCGUUAUGUGGUCCACGUUUGAAGCUUUGGUCUUGGUUGUCAUGACAUUGGGACAAGUUUAUUAUUUGAAACGAUUCUUUGAAGUUCGCAGGGUAGUGUAAUGAAUGCAUUUCAGUCUUUAAACAAUUGAAAAUAAAAAAAAAAAUCAAAAAAACUAUUUAUUAUCUUGGAAUUUCUAUUGGAGGAACAAUUUUUUUAAUUUUUUUCGAGAAUCUCUCGUAUGGCUUUAUUGCCAGUUGAUCACCAUAACAAGAUAUUUUAUGCUCUCCCACAAUAAAGUCGAAUAUACAACCGAUUUUUGGAACAACUAAAAAGUAAAAUUAUGUCAUGACUGCAAUAACAUAGAAAAAAUGUUCACCUUUUACAAAACCAUCUUUCAUCAAUAUUUGAAAAACAUUUUUGAAUUCUAUUAACACAAUUCCUUCCAUAUUUUCCAAGCCAGAAUUUUUAGCUUUGUUAAUCAUA